UUAAAUCGGCCAAAGACAAUUAGAAUGCGCAGAAUUUGACGUGGAGUGCGUGUCUGGGUUGGAAAGUGGGAGUGAAUGGUGCACAUUUCACAUCACGGACAGAUGGAGGCGCGCGGCGCAGGGAAAAAUGUUGCGCGUUCAAGGGAGGAAAAAACUGUGUCGUCGGAGUCUGCGCAGUGCGUUUUUCACGUCAGUCCGAAGUUUCGGGAGAACCGCGGAGGAAGGAGGGGACACAGGCCGAGAAAAACGCCAUUUUUUCCUGGUCAGAGUGUCUUCGGUCCAGACUGGCAGGUGGUUCAGGAGGUGCCAAGCCUGGACGGCGCUGAAAUCACACUCAGCUCCAAUGGAUUAUCAGCAGGACAGUAUGAGCAGCGGAGUGGGCGGAGCCAUGUCGGCCUCGUGGCACGACGAUGAUGACGAUUUGAAGGUUGGAGGAGUGAAAUGUUUGAGAUCCAAACCCAGGUUCUCCGUCACUGAGGUCAAAAUGCUGCUGGAGGCGGUGAAAAGGAACAGAUACAUCGUACUCAAGAAGUUUAACCAAGGAGUUUCAGCUGAAGCAAAGAAGCAGACGUGGGCUGAAAUCACAGACGAGAUCAACGCUCUGGGAGAAAACCACAGGGAGGUUCGUCAGAUCAUGAAAAAAUGGGCAGAUCUUAAAUGUGAUGCCAAACGGCGCAUCGUGGCGCUGCGUGGUCCGAACGGGAAGAACCUGAGGAAGAAGAACCUGGGCCCUCUGGAGAAGAUGGUCCACAAAAUACUUCUGAUGAGCCCCAAAGGAGAUGAAGACAGUGAUGUGGACCUGGAUGACGACAGUUUCUCUAAACUUGCCGGUAAAGGUACCCCGUCCAACCCGUCUGUGUUCGCUUACCUCGGUGUGACUGAUGACUCCCUUCCUUUACCAGAGAACUCCUACGACUUUUCACCUCUGUCCUCCCCAGACAAAGACCCUGGAGCUGAGCGGUUCAUGGACAUGGACGAGGACGAUGACUCCUCCCUGUCCGUCCCCGUCGUCCCGCCGACGCCCACGUCCCUGGAGCCCCUCCCUGACGACGCCCUGAUGAGGCUGAAACCCGUCUACACCUACUCCAGAACCAACAGCCAGAACCACAACCACAUCCAGAACCACACCUCCUCCAGACCUUCCACCUCGCUCAACUUCCCCCCCGUGUCUGACGUGGACGCUGCCCCGCCCCUGUCGCCCCCGGGCCCCUGUGUCCCUGCCCCCUCGCUGCCGUUACCCUCAUCGGACUCUGCCCCUCAGCCCCCUCCCGCCGGGUCUUCCUCGUCCGCUACCUCCGCCCGGCCCGACCCUUCCCCCUCCUGUGACCCAUCCGACCCCCUCCCGGCGGGGGCGUCCUCGGGGCGUGUCCACGAACAGGUGUCCCAGCUGGCGUCCCAGAGCCUGCAGCAGCAGCGGGCGGGGCGCAUGCUGCUGACGUCGGUGUCGCGGUCCCUGGAGGCGCUGGCCCAGUCGGUGCAGCUGCUGGUGGAGAGUCAGCACCAGUUCGUCCAGGAGUCACUGAUGCUGCAGAGGGAGACGGUCAACGUCCUCAAGGACUUCUCCAACACGGCGCUGACCAUGCUGAGGGACAAGUCCAACGGAGGACCGACACAGCCGCACACCAUGGCACGCUUCAACUAUUAGGGUUUACGCAGCAAAUGUGAGGAGAGCAGCAGAGCGGAACACAUGAGGAAGACCCCCAGGAAGACCCCCCACCCACUGUACCUGAGAAAGACCCCCAGGAAGACCCCUGACCCCCGUACCUGAGAAAGACCCCCAGGAAGACCUACAGAAAGACCCCCAACCCACCAUACCCCAGAAAGACCUCCAGGAAGAUCCCCAGAAAGACCUCCAGGAAGACCCCCCUACCCUCUGUACCUGCUGGGGUAGGGGUGGGGGCAAACGGGUCCAAACAACGGUCCAAUCCAAAUCACACUGAAAAUAUGACCUGUCAGUUCAGUUCAGGUUCCACAUUCAGAGCAGUAGGAUCUAAAGUGGAUCAGAACCAGUCAAACAAGAACACACUAAACUAGAAAUAAUGACAAAUACACAUGUAAUGUAAAAAAAAAAAGUACAAAUAUUUACAUUUACGAACUAUCCUUUAACAAAAACCCUGAACUAUUUUCAUCUAAACCAGUGGAAUAUUCCGUCUGUUCUUAAAUGUGUGUUUGGAGAGCCACUGGAUCUGAGCGAUAGAAUGAAGAUGUAGAAAUAACAAACGGAGACAGAACACUGGUCCAGUUACACUGACGUUUGUUCAUGUUAUUCACAUUUUUAAAGGAGAGUUUGCUCAUGUAAACAUUUUCAUCCUUAAAUGUUACUUCCCCCCCCCCUCUGAAACAGAUAAAAGUUUGUAUUUGUUCUUAUUUCUAGGUUAUUGUUUUGUUCUGGUCCUGGUUGUGAUCCACUUCAGAUGGUGUCGGUGUGGAUCCUGGACUCAGCUGCCUUUGACUGCCCUCUAGUGGAGCUUCAGACUAAUGCAGUUUCACACACUUUGUGCUUCUACCUUUAUGUUCUGUCUGUGGACCGUUCUCUGCCGUUGGAUGUAAUAAAUGUGUGUGUUUUUUGUUUUUUGGUGCUUUACCUGCUGUACUGAUGACCCGGUGCUGCUGCAGGAUGUCUCUACCCAUAAUCCCCCUGGUUUUUUUACCUGCUGUCAGUCACUGGCUGUGGUCCUUAAAGGGACUUGAACUCUGCUUGGACGUACAGAGGUCAAAUGUGUCCUUCCACAGGUAUGAGUUUGGUCUAAUGUGGGACGUUCACAUGGAAAACAGGCCUCCGAAUAUCAAACAAAGACAUAUUUUUGGCCUUUGAAGAAUAAUAUGUUACUAGUGUAUAGAAUUAAGUUUGAAUUUUUUCCAUAUAUAAGCAGAGUAUCUGUCAAAAGUAACGGAAUAAAAAAAUAUAAGAAUCUGAA